UUCAUUCAUAGCCCGCUUCCUGAAGUCAUUUCGAGGGACCAAGGCAGAAGAUCUGUCUUAAUAUAAUCCAUUGCAUCUGCCUACAUGCACUCUCGUUACGUUAUCUACCUUAUACAAAUCGACAAUCAGGACUUUCAUUUAUUCAUUGGUAGCAAUAUUUUUGAAUUUGUUGCCCUGGAUUAACUAAUACGGAGCUUCAAACUACAGCGGGACAAAGGAUACCCGUUUUCACAAAGAUGAGGAAAGGGAUCUCGACAGCCCGGGACAAAGUAGUUAUAGCUGGGGUUGGGGGCUCAACAUUGGACAAAAAUGCAAUAUUGACUGCAUUGUCCGACCGAUUGACUACUAAUUUUACCACUGCCACUUAUAUACAAAUUAUAACUCCGCCGACUUGUUUUACACAGACAACAAAUGUCUGUAUAUCACAACCUCCCAGUGGUAAUAUUUAUUCAACUCCGCAUGGAACAAACGGUGUCGGACAGCGACCCACAUUAGGACGUCCACGGGUGAAAAGGAGAUUGGCGUUGGAUGAGUCUGACCAGACUUACCCCAUUGAGGGAGCCAAGACCCCCAGAGGCCGAGGUGGGGGUCGAGGUGGAGGCCGAGCCAGACACGGAGCUGCCGUGCCAGAACUCAGGAGCCCCAAAACUCCAAAGUCUCCUGCUGAGAAGACGCGCUAUGACACCUCGCUGGGCCUGUUGACCAAGAAGUUUGUGGAUCUUCUUGGCCAGUCGUCCGACGGAGUCUUGGACCUGAACCAGGCGGCUGAGAUCCUCAACGUCCAGAAGAGGCGACUGUAUGACAUCACUAACGUGCUGGAGGGCAUCCACCUUAUCAAGAAGAAGUCCAAAAAUAACAUUCAGUGGAUGGGUUGCAGUCUUUCCGAGAGUGGAGGAACUUUGAACCAGCGCCAGACGCUGACUGAGGAGUUGUCUGACCUGGGGUUGGAGGAGGGCAGGCUGGACCAGCUGAUCCAUGACUGCAGCCUGGAUGUCAAACAGCUGACCGAAGCGACACACAACCAGAAGUUUGCAUACGUGACGUACCAGGACAUCCGCCAGCUGGGUAAUCUUGAUGACCAGACGGUGAUUGUGGUGAAGGCCCCUUCAGACACCAAGCUGGAAGUUCCUGACCCGGAGGAGAGUCUGUCCGUCCAUCUCACCAGCACUAAGGGGCCCAUCGAUGUGUUCCUGUGUCCUGAUGAGAACACACCCAGCAGCCCGGUCAAUCAAGCUGGACUCGACGGGAAUGGCAACCCACCCUUCCUAAAAGUCUUGGAAGAGUCGUCCGAGAACUCCUGCAAGAGUGGCAGCAGCGACGGCGUUGGCCGCAGCAUCCCUGCCACCCCUGCGGUGUCUGUGACCAGCCUCUCCCCCAUCACCUCCCCCUUCACCAGCCUGCUGCAGCAGACAGAUGACCAGAUGGCUCUGGGAGGGCCCUUCCUCAACCUGUCCCCCCCCCUGCUCAACGAGGACUACAUGCUCAGUCUGGGGGAGGACGAGGGGAUCAGCGACCUGUUCGACGCCUACGACUUUGACAAGCUUCCCCUGGAGGAAUACCUGUGUAACUGAGGACGUGGAGACCAUGGGAAGGAAUGUACUAGAACUGAGGAUGGACAUGUGACCUGGAGAGUGGAGAUGACGGGUGUGGUCUCCUCUUGUAGAUUCUACUUAGCUGCCUUGAAGUGAAGGAGAGACUGGCCCUGCUGAGAGACACUAGCCUAUUCUGAUUGAGGCUAACCUUAAGAGAGACGGGUGGAUAAUUGAACAUAUUGUAGGCCAAAUGAAAGGUAGUCUCUUCCCUCUCUCCUUGUGCUUGCCCCGCUGGUGUGACAAUAGCCCAACGCCACUCACUGACCUGCCGUCAGAAAUGGGAAACUGCCUUAUCAAACCAUGCCCUGAAAAACUCAACCAGUAUUUGGUUUUUUUUUUGGACUGUGUGAAAUCCUGUUGUGUGCAUGAUUCACUUUUCUGUGCAAUAGAACCAAUUGAAAAGUCCCAACAGUGCAAACCAUCUAACAUAUUACACGGGCUCAAGAAGAACGUCACAUUUCCCAUCCAAACAAACCGACUUUGCCGGUCAAACAUAUAAAUGUGCCUCUCUGCAGCUUGUAGGACAAUUCUUUUGGCGGCUCACUUAGUAGCGAUGUGCAGCAGUCUUGUGAGUAGGAGGACUGAACAGUUGUGUGAGCGUUCCUGUGUUAAACAAAGGGAUCUCAUAGAACAGUGCAUCACUUGGUUUUGCACACAAGCUAUGUGUUCAUGGGUGUUAUGUGUUGAAAUGCAUAA